AUGAAAAACGUUUUUAUUAAAAUAUUCUUAGAAAUUUUAUUGGUUAUACCAAUUAUUUUAUCAUCUAUAACUGGACCAUUUACAGAAAAUUUUCAAAACUUUUUAAAAGAAAAUGGAUAUGAUCAAUUUAAUUUUACAAGAAAUGAUCUUGGAAAUACAGGAAGUUAUGGUGGUAAAGAAAAUGAAAUGAGUAAAAUAAAAAAUUUACCAAUAAUAUUUAUUCAUGGUAAUUCUGAUAGUGCUUUAUCUAUUGGAACACCCUAUCAAACAGGAUGGAGUAGUUCUAUUGAAUAUUUUUUAUCAAAAAAUUAUACAUCUGGAGAACUUUAUGCUAUAACAUGGGGUAAUAGAAAUAUAAUGGAUACAUCAACAAGAGUACAUGAUUGUGAAACAAUAUCUAGAAUUAGAAGAUUUAUUGAAGCAGUUAAAAUUUAUACACAAAAACCUAAAGUAAAUGUCAUUGCACAUUCUAUGGGUGUUACAUUAAGUAGAGGAGCAAUAAUUGGAGUUGAUGCAUGUCCUUAUAAAUCAACAAUUUCAGGCAUAGUUGAUACUUUUAUUGGUAUAUCUGGUGCAAAUUAUGGAUUAUGUUCUUGUUCAGAUUUAAAUUCAUACUAUUUUCCUACUUGUAGUAAAGUAAAUGGUUUUUGGCCAGGUGAUUUUACAGGGACCUGCUUAACAUGUGAAACACAUUCAUUACCUUUAAAUUGUAAUACAAAUGAAAUACCAUAUAGUGAAUAUUUAGAAAAUUUAAACAAUUUAGGAAGAAAACCAUCUUCUAGUGUUUAUAGUAUGUGGUCAUUAGAUGAUGAAAUAAUAAAAAAUAAUGAUUAUGUAGGAGGAAAAUCAACAAGUCAUAUAGUUGAAAGUAUUGAUAUAAUAUUAAAUGGUCUUUCACAUAUAGAAUCAAAAGAUAAUACACCUGAAAUUCAAUACAAUUUAAUCAAUAAAAUACAAUUUAAACAAUAA